AGGAUCAAUCAUCAAUCACUGCCCCUUUCGCACCGCUGCUAGUUCUCGCUGCUGCUCACCGCCCGCCGCAGACUCGAGCCUUCGCCCGCCGCACCCUUCUGCUCAGUCCGCCCCGGGAUCGCUGCCAUGCCGACCAGAAGCAUCAAUCCGUUCGCGACUUCCACCUCCAUCUCCUCGUCGACCGACGCCCUGAACGAGAAGCGCGACGAGCCACGCCGCGCCUCGUUCACCAAAGGCAACAAGUUCACCGCCCUGUUCGGCGGCGCCUCGCCCAAGGCCCGCACCGACGCUGCUGCGCUGCGCGAAGCCCUCAUUGCCCAGCAGCAGGCGCUCCUGAACUCGCCCUCGCCGCAGCAGAUCAACACGGCCUCGAUAUCCCUGCCGUCGAUCAGUCUCACCACAGCCACCGGCGAGAAGAUGCCCACCGAGCCCAAGACCCUCUUCCAGCCCCUCUCGCCCGAGGAGCAGCGGCGAUUGGCACGCCAGCAUGCCCAGUUCGGGCCGCUUGGCUCCCACGCGCACCGCUACACGAGCAAGUUCGAGGGCGAGUUCGGCGAUCCAGUCGAAGACGAGCCGCCAUACUACUUCCUCCUCACAACCUACAUCAGCUACCUAAUCCUAAUAGUAUUCGGACACGUGCGCGACUUCUUCGGCAAGCGCUUCCGGCGACAGCACUACAGCCAUCUGCAGGAGAAGGAUGGCUAUGCCCCGCUCAACAGCGACUUUGACAACUUCUACACUCGCCGAUUGAAGAUCAGGAUCAACGACUGCUUCUCGCGACCCACAACAGGCGUGCCGGGGCGCUUCAUCACCCUGCUCGACCGCAAGUCGGACGAUGGCAACAACACCUUCAAGAUGACAGGCACCACAACCGAGACCCUCAAUCUGAGCUCCUACAACUACUUGGGAUUCGCCCAGUCCGAGGGCCCUUGCGCCGACGCCGCCGAAGUCGCCAUCAGGAAGCACGGCAUCACAAUGGCCAGCCCUCGCGCUGAUUCUGGCACAUCUGAGCUCACACUCGAGGUCGAGGAUCUGAUUGCCAAGUUUGUCGGCAAGCCCGCGUCGAUGGUCUUCUCCAUGGGUUUCGUCACAAACGCCACCACAUUCCCCACAAUCGUCGGCAAGGGCUGCCUGCUCAUCUCAGACGAGCUGAACCACUCGUCCAUUCGGUUCGGCGCUCGUCUGUCUGGAGCCAUGGUCACUAUGUUUAAGCACAAUGACAUGCGCGAUCUCGAGCGCACGCUGCGCGAGGCUAUUUCCCAGGGUCAGCCCCGCACGCACCGCCCGUGGAAGAAGAUCUUGGUUGCGGUCGAGGGCCUGUACUCUAUGGAGGGCACCAUGUGCAACCUGCCUGGCAUUAUCGAGCUGAAGAAGAAGUACAAGUUCUUCCUGUUCGUCGAUGAGGCUCACUCCGUUGGUGGUGUUGGUCCCCGCGGACGUGGUGUCUGCGACUACUUCGGCAUCUCCCCCAACGAGGUCGACCUUCUCAUGGGCACACUCACCAAGUCCUUCGGCGCCAACGGUGGCUACAUCGCAGCAGACAAGGCUAUCAUUGACAAGCUCCGCACCACCAACGCCGCUAUGCUCUACGCCGAAUCCCCCGCACCGCCCGUCCUCACCCAGAUCGCUUCCGCUCUCCGCAUCAUCAACGGCGAAAUCAUCCCCGGCCAGGGCGAGGAGCGUCUCCAGCGUCUCAGCUUCAACUCCCGCUACCUCCGCCUCGGGUUGAAGCGUCUCGGAUUCAUUGUCUACGGCCACGACGACUCGCCCAUCAUCCCCAUCAUGCUGUACAACCCGGCUAAGAUGCCCGCGUUCAGCCACGAAAUGCUCAAGCGCAAGAUCUCCGUCGUCGUCGUGGGGUAUCCCGCCACGCCUCUUGUGUCUUCUCGCGCACGCUUCUGCGUCAGCGCUGCGCACACCAAGGAGGAUCUCGACCGCAUGCUCGCCGCUUGCGACGAGGUUGGCGACAUCCUCCAGCUCAAGUUCAGCUCGGGUGUUGCCGGCGGCGCCCUGCCUGAAGACCUGGUCGAGAAGACAGGCAAGCUGGGCGAGCCCAAGGAGCUGCAGCCGCCACGGUGGAAGGUCCAGGAGGUGAUUCGUCGGGGCGUCGAGGACGUGCAGACGACGCUGCGGUAAACCGCCACACCCACCCCUGUUCGCUGCCUCGUCCUAGAGCACCUUUUGGCUGGCACCGCUUGGUCGCCUCGCAUUGUUUCGCUGCCUUGUUAGCAUUUCUGGAGUAUCAAUACCGGCAUUUCUUGUUCUGUUCGAUACUCAUCUUCAUACCCUCGCUGUACUACUUCUUCUUCUCCUGCCGCGUCCAGGACGCCCCCUUUUCAUUCU